AUGUCUCAGCAGGACGAAUCAUCUUGGUUUUCAGUGGCCUUUACCUACGAAGAGGCAGAGCUGAACUCUAACACUAAGGCUCAUACCUCUGCCUCAGUCAUCUUACGUGGGGCGAAUGAUUUCAUGUGUGACCAGAUGGCGUGCUCUUUACAUGAUGCUCUUCGUGUGGUAAGAGUUUUGGAGUCAAAAUCUGUGAUUCCGGGUGGAGGCGCUGUAGAAGCAGCCCUUUCCAUAUACCUUGGAAACUACGCAACCAGCGUGGGCUCCCGGGAACAACUUGCUAUUGUGGAAUUUACAAGAUCUCUUCCUGUUAUUCCUAAUACUCUGGCAGUUAAUGCUGCCCAAGACUCCACAGAUCUGGUUGCAAAAUUAAGAACUUUUCAUCAUGAGGCUCAGGUUAACCCAGAAUACAAAAAUCUAAAAAGGAUUGGUCUUGACCUGGUCAAUGGUAAACCCCGAGACAACAAACAGGCAGGGAUGUUUGAACCAACCAUAGUUAAAGUUAAGAGUUUGAAAUUUGCAACUGAAGCUGCAAUUACCGUUCUUCGAAUUGAUGAUCUUAUUAAAUUACACUCAGAAUGCAAAGACGAUAAGCAUGGAGGUUAUGAAGAUGCUGUUCACUCUGGAGCCCUUGAUGACCUGAUUUCUUUUAUUUACAACAAUCUUAGAUGCAAUUUUCUUGUACCUCGAGACCCCAGAACUCCCAACGUGGGUGGCAAAGCCACGGAGCCGACUGCCGAUGCCAACGCCAACCCAAGGGCCUCGAGGGCGACAGCAAGAGCUCAGCCGCCAAGGCCUAGGAGCCCCCAUGUGCCUGCAAGGCGGGCCUGGAACAGCCUGAACUCCGGAGGUCCAGUGCGAAAGGGGGCGGGGCCAAGUUCACAGACAGAGGGACCAAUUACAAUCGGAACUACCCGAGGCCGCUGCGGUCCCCGCCACCGCCACGGGCGACCCGCCACCAGAGGGCGCCCCGUCCCAGCCCGGGGUGCACAACCUCCUCAUGCCAACUCUCUUUUCCUGAAACAGGCGCCUAAGACCCGCGCCGGAAGCACAUUUGCUGGAAAUACACCGGCCCGCGACGGUGAGCAGGACGCUGGGUCCCUGAACGAUGCUUUUAAAGGCUUUGACUCCACUGUCUACCCCUUUUGCCAGUAG